UUGAAGUGGACUGCGAAACAUCAAUGAUAAAACACUAUGUUAGAAUUUAGAAACAAGAAAUCAGUAGCGGCUAGUAUCGUUGUUUCGUAAAAACAAAAUAUUUUAAAAUGAGUAAACCAAAAUCGAAAGUUAAAACUCUCAAAACACAAAAUUUUCUAAGUUCUAAAGUACAGAAAGAUGCCAUCUAUGAAAUUUACCGUUCAUGUCGCCUUUGUGGAGCUGGUACAGGUUACAAAAUGCCUAUCGUUCAAAAUAUUUUUCCAAUAGAAGAUACAGAAGUUGAAUUGAGAACAAAAAUACAGGAAUGUUUGCAGCUACAGGUACAAGAAAAUGACAAAAUGCCACCCCUUAUUUGUGAAUUGUGUGCUGACAAAAUAUGUGAUUUCUAUGAUUUCCUGAUAAUGUGCAAACAGACAAACGAAAGAACCAGAAUGAGAUUGGGUUUACCUAUGCCAGUGAUAAGGAAAGAAGUGAUAGAUUUAAGGGAACCAAGUUUUGAAAUAGAUACAAAAGAAACAGGAAAGUGGUCAAUAAAGAAAGCAAAAGAAGUGAAGGAAGUAAAAAAGGAGAUAAAAAAAGAAUCUAGAGCAGAAAAAGAACUUCGUGAUUUAAUAGCAUCAAAUCCAGUUUUAUCUGUGCCACAGCGCUCACGGUGUAGUAGGACUAGAGAAGAUUGGAAGUCACCGAAAAGACUGCCAUCGCCACCACAAAAAAAGAGCAAUCUAAGGAGUGAGAUGAAAUCAGAAAAGUUAGAAACAAAGAAAGAAUCACAUCUCAGACCCGGACCAGCUAGUUCCAAAUUAAAGAGAUUUAGAGAAAUUGUUCCUAAUGACAUGCAGAGUAAAAAAAUAAAAAUUGAAGAACCUCGUUCUAAACACUUGUCAAGUGUCAAAGUCACUGAUAAUUCGAAGACGAUUGACAUACAGAAGUGUGACGUUUGUAAGAUGCAAUUUCCAAAAGGAAAGUCGUUCAACAAUCACUAUAGGAUACACAAAAAAGUUGUGACUCUUGUUAGUAAACCACAAAGAGAAACUCAAGACAGUAAAGAGGAAACAAAUUUUGUUGGUAAAUGUAGAAAAUGCGGAAAACUGUUUGAAAUACACAGGACAUUUGUAAAACAUCAAGCGGCGUGUAGAGGAGGUAGAGUGAAAAUAGCGUCUUCAGUAAAGAGAGAAAUGAAGCCAGUACAAGUGCGCAUGAUUCGAUGUGACUCUUUGCUAAGUGAAGAUGACAAUGGACAUUAUGACGUCUCGGAUGUCCGAUGUCCCUAUGGUCUGGAUCGAUCAUGUUUUUAUCCUUACAACAAAAACAACUCUUUACUACUCUGCAACAGAAUGGUGGAUAUAAAAUUCCCCGAAAUUCCAGAUGCAUUCGACAUUAAUGAUGAUAUCGAAGAAUUCUUGCAUUGGGACUCAGAUGAUGAGAGCGAUGAUAAUAGAAGAGAAGUAGAAAGUCUAUCGAGGCUCGCUAUAAAAGUGAUAUUCUCUGAUAAAUUCCUUGGGAAAAUCCCAAAGAAGCGAAAGAAAGUAAAACCGUUCUAUCAGGAUUUCGGUUUAAAUAUUGAUAGGAUUAUAAGUAACUUAAGCGAAACAAAUGAAUCUCAGAGUGCUUUUGAUAACAUCAAAGAAAACUGGAGUGAUAAUGUUUCAGACUCUAUUUUGAGAAAUGAUAACGAAAGUGAUACAUUUAGUGUUAUUGGAGAUUUAAAUGAUGAUACUUGUAGCUAUACUGAUACAGUAAAUAAAGAAAUUAAUUAUAAUACUAACGAUUGUGGUGAACCAAGUAAAACAAAUGACACAAUUGAGACGAACAAAUUGGAAGAUGAACGAUCGUCAAUUGGUAUGUUAGAAUUGAAUAAAAAACAUAAUUUGGAUAUUACAGAAACUAAUACAAAUAAUUUUACCGAGAACUGUAAUCUGAAUCCCAAAAUUACACCAAAUACAGAUAAUAAUAGCGUCACAGAGAUCCAAAAAUGUAGUAAUAAUAUUGGCGUGCCAGAAAAUACAUCUUGCAGUGAGUGAUAAAUUCAGUUUUGAAAAGACUAAUAAUCAUAUAGACAAUCUCAAUACAUUAAAAUCCGAAAUUGAACUACUUGAAAUUCAAAUAAUUAAUGAUAACGACGAAGAAGAUUGCGCUAAUAGACGUAGUGAAAAUGUAAAAAAUGAUGAUGUUAUUACACCAGAUGCAAUAUCAAGUGAAAUCGAACCUAAUAUCAGUGCUGAGAUAUUGAAAACUUGUGAAAGUUUGGUGGAAAGUAUUUGUAAUGAAACAGUGCCUCAUAAUCAAGACUGUGAAAUUGCGGUAGAAAAUAUUUCAAUUGAAGAAAAAACAGACAGUGAUGAUAAAAUUAACGAAAACUGUGUUGUAGGAAAUAUAAACAAUGAUAAUAUAAAUGUAAAUACAGAGACUAGUGGUAGUAAUACAGGAGAUUUAGAUAGUUAUACUUCUAAUACUAAAAAUAUCAAUGUUAGUUUUCAAGCCAUGGAAGAUACAUUGAAGGAAAUUACGUCAAAUACAAAUAUAACUAAUGAUUAUAAUAAAGAUUCCAUUAAUGAUAUGAAUAUUGUACCGGAAACGUCCAGUCAAGAUUCUUUAAGUUUAUCUUAUUUUAAUAUGAAUGGAAAAGAAAACAUUCAAAACGAAACGCAAAAUACGGCGGACGUAAAUAAAAUUGAAGAUUCAACAAAAAGCAAAGAUUUUGAAGCAAACUCAGACAAACAACCAGCCCUGGAUGCAGAUGAUUUAGAUAUUUAUAGUGAGCUACUAGAAUUACAUUAUUAUAUUAUACUUACAUUAUUUAUAUGAAACUAGCUAUUUUUAGAUGACCUAAAGUCCUAACUUUUUAGAUGACCCUAACUUUUUUUAGAUUACCCUUACUUUUUCAGAUUACCCUAUCUUUUUACCUGACCCUAAUUUUUUAUAUGAUCCUAACUUUUUAGAUGACCGUAAUUGCUGCAACUGGAAUCCCAAAUUGAAUUAUUCUACUUAAGUUCAGUAUCUUUUUCAGAACUUUUGAAGUGUGGAAACGAAGAUUUCCCGUACUGGGCCUAACUUUAAGAGUAUCGUUGCCAGUUAUACACUCGAUUAUAACUGCGACGGCAGUACUACAUAAUAUUUGUAUUAUAAAUAAUGUUGUGGAUGUCCCGCCUGAGAGCGCUACAGAUGAACCAGAUUCUGGCAAUAUUGAUAAUGUUGCAAAUGCAGAAAACCCUGGCUUAGAUAUUGACAGUCAAAUGCUGGAUGCGGGCGAAAAUUUUGAGCCUGCCAAUUAUAUUUUGGACGCUGGCAAUGUUUUAGAUAG